UGGUUCUGCUCAAACACUGCAGCUCUGCUCCCGGUAUGUUAGCUGCUGUGUUUUUUAAUUGGCAGUCUUUUAAAUGAAUGUUUUGGGCGUUUUUUCUAAUGCAUGUGUGAAGCCCCGACAUGCACAACUGUGUGACAAUUUAAAAUGAAGUGUUUCUUUCUGAGUUAAGUUAAAAAGAGCCAUAGCAUUAUCCAUCGACACUGUCCACACUACCGCCUGCAUCAUGACAGAGAGAGCCCACAAAGACACACUCAGACGGGGUUUGUCUUUGUCCAGGAAUAAGAAGAAAGGCAAAGUCAAAGCUGGGACUUCUGCCACUGCUUCCACCUCAUCAUCUCCCAUCACCUCGUUCUUCAGCAGCCAGCCUCCUCCUAAGCUGGCCUGCCCCCUGUGUGGCCAGUUUGUACCAAGAUUCAAGAUCAAUGAGCACAUUGAUUUGCAAUGUCCGAACUUUGAGAGAGGAGACAGCAGUGCCGCCUCAGCAAGCGAUAGUGUUGUGCCAAGCAUCCAGCUGUCACCCAGGAGGAAUCCCCCAAAGUCCCCAGAGCUGGAUCCAGAGAAUGAAGAAGAGGUCAACGAGACAAAGACCAGUCCUUAUUUUAAAAAGAAUAACUCUCAGCAGGCACCGCGGGAGAUAAAAAGUAAAAGUGUGGUCAGGACGAUUGGCCUGGGAAGUCUCUCCUCCAAGUUAUCUAGGAAAUGUCGUAAGGUGCCUGAGAGGACACAGACGGAGAGUAAACAUGCACCAAUGUGUCCUGAAAAUGAGAUAUGUUCUUCUGAGACACUCAGCAGCUCACAGAAAGAAAAUCUUCAGAGUUUAGAUGACAACAAAGACUGUGUGACGGUCAUUGACCUUACAGAAACUAGUGACGAUACUCCAACUGCACUGGAAGAUCUAUCACGUUCACAUAAAGGACGAAAACUUGAACAGAAAGCAUCUAAAACAGAGACUGUCCUGAAACGGGUUGCUCCAAAGCUGCGCUCUUCUUCCUCCAAACUAAUAAAGAGAAAGAAGGAAACAACUUCCACUGGCAGGGUGUCUGAUUUCAGAAAGAAAGCUAAAUAUGAGGAGAGCAGCGGGGAGCCAGAUGAGGUGUUAUGUAGUCAAAGUUUAGCAGAGACAACUGACACAGACCGGCUUAUAACUGAGGUACCUUCUACCAGAACCUGUGACGACCCUUUGAGUUCAGAGGAAACAUACGAGGAAGGUGCUGCAGCGAUUAUUUGUGAUUCACUGUCCGAGUCUGUUCCUGAGAACACCGCUAGCAGUGACCAGGAGAGCUCUGAGCCCCCACGGCUUCCCUACUACAUCCGUAACUUCCUGACCGUACUACGAGCUGUCCUGGAGAACGAGGACGACCGGUCACUGUUCAACCAGGAGGAUAUGUCACUCGUGCAAGCAUUCGAGAAACUCUCAGUCAUGGGGCAGAAGCUGUAUGUGAGACUCUUCCAGAGGAAACUGAAGUGGCUCCAAGUAAAUAAACUGGACUAUGAAGAGAUAUGCACUGAUCUGGGACCUGUUGCUCAGGAGUUGGUUCGAGGUGGUUUCCUACAGGCAGAGAGUGACCUUCAGGAUUUGGGGGAGGCUCUGGAUCUCCUUCCUGCUCCUGAACUCAAAGCUCUGGCUAAGACUUUCCAUCUGGGCAACUCUGGGACUCAGAAACAGCAGCUAGUGGACGGACUUCUGCGUCUGAGCAGGCAAAAGUCCUUUUUCUCUCUGAGCCCUGCUCAGUCCAACAUUGGGGCUGUCAUCCUCAAAAGGGCGAAGCAGCUUGCAAGUUCCUGUGUGCGCCUGUGUCGUGGUCCUCGAGCUGUCUUUUCUCGCAUCCUUCUCCUCUUCUCUCUGACGGACACCAUGGAUGAAGAAGAGAUGGCGGCUGGUGGGCAGAGUCAGCUCUUCACCAUCCUGCUGGUUAACUCAGGACGCCUUGCCUUCCCAGACUACACAGUGCAGCGUAAAGCCAAGGUGUUCCGGGACAGAGACGAUCUUAUCAGGUAUGAAGCAUCCAUGCGAACCCUGCAGGAGGUGGUCUCAGCUAUGCAGGGAGGUCAGUGGGAAGAAGCCAUGGAGCUCUACACUGCUGCCAAAGGUGCCUGGCAGGAGCUGAAGAAAAACCAUGACCUCAGUCACCAGGAGGAGCUGCCUGUGUUCCUGCGCAGCUUCACUACAGGAUGGGCCUACACUCGGAUCUUAUCCAGAGGGGUGGAUAUCUUGCAGAGGCUACGUCACUACGAGGAAGCGGUAGAGGAGCUGCGGUCUUUACUGUUGCAGUUUGUUUACUGUCCUGACAGCCGAGGGCGUUGGUGGGACAGACUGGCACUAAACCUUCACCAGCACCUAAAACAACCUGAGCAAGCUGUUUGUGCUAUCAGAGAUGGGCUAUUGGACCCUCUGGUGCGAACUGGACACAAACUUUCUCUUCACCAGAGAGCUGUUAGGAUGAAAGAGUCUGCCAGCUUGAAGAGGUAUCGCCUUCAACUUAAAGACCUGCCCACCAUCCAAGUCCAAGAUGUCACACAUGUGACCAUCCGGGGACAGCUGUUCCCUCAUGAGGGCGGCACGGGGAAAUCAAAGUUUCUUCUACCAGCAAAUGGUGAAGGGGACGAGGGUGCUGAGGCCACUGUGAUAUGCUCUGUGGAGGAGCUGUCUUUAGCACAUUACCGCCAACAAGGCUUUGAUCAAGGGAUCCAUGGAGAGGGCUCAACAUUCUCAACAUUGUUUGCUCUUCUGCUGUGGGACAUCAUUUUUAUGGAGGGCAUUCCAGAUGUUUUCCGAAAUCUGUACCAGACAUGUCCUUUGGAUCUCUACACUGACUGUUUCUAUGAGAACAGAAAAGAAGCGAUUGACUCUCGUGUGCAGUUACUCUGUGAGUCAUCAGUGGAGACGCUGCAUGACAUGUUGGAAGAUGUUUGGACCUCCCAGGAGGGUAAAGUGUGUUCACUGGUCAGCUGGGAGCGUUUCUCAUCCCUGCAACACGCACAGUCUCUCGUGUCAUGCCUGGGUGGAGCCUUCUUAGGAGGGAUAAUAACAAGAAUGUCCAAAGACUACAGACACUGCCGUGGAGGUUUGCCUGAUCUAGUGGUGUGGAACACUUCAAACAACACCUACAAGCUGGUAGAGGUGAAGGGGCCCACUGACCGGCUGUCCCAGAAACAACAAAUAUGGCUGGAUGAGCUGCAGAAGCUGGGGGCUGAUGUGGAGGUGUGUCACGUGACGGCAACUGGAGCCAGAGGAGCUCGUCUGGAAUAAAAAGACACAGAAGAACUGACUUUGUGGUCCUAAAUGAAAACACUGGCAGACAGGAACAAAAAAAAAAUGUCAUUUGGAGCAUAUGUUGAUGUUUACCUAAAAAAACUCAAUUUGUCUUCCAUAUAUCACAAAUGUAAUCCUACUUGAGUACAGGGAGUCUCAUGGCAGGAAACGUGCCUUGUGAUGUGUGGCAUUAACAUCAGGAAAUAUACUGCCUUCCCCAGGAAGAGGUGCAUCCUGAGAUGAGGAUCAGAAAUAGCUUGCCUACAGAUAAUCAGAGCUGAUGCAUGACAGGACAAACAUCCAACAACCACACCAAACUGAUGGUGUUUCCUUUUCUUUGGCAACACUAUAUUCUCAGGAUCUCAGGUUGCCAAGCAACGAAUACUCACAUUUAGCUGGCCGCUAACGAAUGGUAUGACAGCUCUGCAGGUUUGUUAUGAAAGUAAUUACUGUGAUAAUAUGGCUAUAAAUAUGCUGCUAUGCCACUACUCUACCAGAGAAUGGAAAUAAUAGGGCUGCAAUCAAUGAUUAUUUUUAUUAUAGAUUCAACCGCUGUUUGUUCUCUCCCUGAGCAUUAAUUGAUUAAUUGUUUGGUCUAUAAAUGUCAGAAAAUGGUGAGAAUUGCAAUUUCUUAGAGCCAAAGUUGUCGUCAUCACAUUGCAUGUUUGGUGCAAAAUGACAGUCCAAAACCCAAAUUAUUCAUCUUACUACAACAGCCAUCACAUAAGACAAAGACAGGCAGCACAUCCUCACAGAUAAGAAGCUUGAACUUGGGACUGUUUUUUGCAUUUUUGUUUUAAAGAGAAAAGAAUGAAUUGAUUAUCAAACUAGUUGCCAACUGUAAUUUAAGUGUAAAUAAAUGAAAAUAUAAUGGUAUUAACUUUCACUGAACUGUCUUGGUAAGUAUAAUG